GACUUGAAAAAAACAAGUCGGUCGGGCCCGAGAAAGAAAAGAGGUUGCGGCACCUGGACAGCUCCGGGCCAACGAAAAUUAAGAUCAAACGACAGCCAGGGUCCCAGACCGACCCAUCAUCAAGUACUCGAACCGGAACCAUAAAACGGACGGACUGGAGAAGGUGUAAUCACGAAACUGCUAAUAAUACCGGUUCACAUUUAUAAAAGGGAAAUAAGAAACACAGACAAUGGCUCCAACCUUGGCUACGGCGCAUCGACGCCGAUGGUGGAUGGCGUGCACGGCUGUGGUAGAGAACCUUUUCUUUUCUGCGGUGCUUCUAGGCUGGGGCUCCCUUCUUAUCAUGCUGAAAUCAGAAGGGUUCUAUUCUUAUUUGUGUCACUAUCCAGAGAAUAUAACCUUUGAAAAUGGCACCAACACUAGCAGUGUAUUUUGGAAUGAGACAGAAAAAGAACAGAUCAUAGUGCUGAAUGGCUGGCUGGUGUGUAAGGAACAAGAUGAAAUGCUGAAUUUAGCCUUUACGGUGGGAUCGUUUCUGCUCAGUGCCAUCUCUUUACCCUUGGGUAUCAUCAUGGACAAGUACGGACCACGCAAGCUCCGGCUAAGUGGAAGUGCCAGUUUUGGAGUAUCGUGUCUACUGAUUGCAUACGGAGCUAGUAACCCUAAUUCUCUGUCGGUGCUUAUAUUCGUAGCCCUAUGUCUGAAUGGUUUUGGUGGAAUGUGUAUGACCUUCACUUCACUGACACUGCCUAACAUGUUUGGGGACCUGCGCUCAACGUUUAUUGCACUGAUGAUUGGAUCUUAUGCCUCCUCUGCAGUCACGUUCCCCUUCAUAAAGGUUAUUUAUGAUCUUCAUGUGAGUUUUGUAACUAUAUUAAUAGUCUGGGCCUCGUGUGCUGUGCUUGUCUUUCUCAACUGCUUCUUCAACUGGCCCCUAGAACCAUUUCCUGGCCCAGAAGACAUGGAUUACACUGUGAAGAUUAAGUUCAGCUGGCUGGGCUUUGACCACAAAAUCACAGGAAAGCAAUUCUACAAGCAAGUGACAACAGUGGGCCGACGUCUUAGUGUUGGAGGCUCCAUGAAAAACCCCAAAGAAUUGGCUGCUCUUCAGGAGGGAAACAAGCUGUGCCUAUCCACAGUGGACCUGGAGGUGAAAUGUGAGACAGGCAAUGCAGCAACUCCAUCCUUCAUGAAAAGCGUAUUCAGUCCAAUCCUGAUGCUGAGUCUCAUCACUAUGUGUGUCACCCAGCUCCGUCUCAUAUUCUAUAUGGGAGCCAUGAAUAACAUCCUGGAAUUCCUUGUAGAUGGAGAUUUGGAAACUGUCAGCCUCUAUACCUCAAUUUUUGGCGUAUUGCAGCUACUCUGCCUCCUCACUGCCCCUGUCAUUGGCUAUAUCAUGGACUGGAAACUGAAGGAAUGUGAUGAUGGCAACGACGAUGAGGAUGAAAAGGAUGAGAAAAAUGGCAAGAAAAAGAAGAAACGUGAUCGUCAGAUUCAAAAGAUCACGAAUGCCACUCGGGCCUUUGCGUUUACCAAUGUGCUGCUGGUAGGAUUUGGAGUUACCACUCUUAUUCCAAACUUGCCCUUACAGAUACUUUCAUUUAUUUUGCACACAAUUGUGAGAGGUUUCAUCCAUUCUGCUGUGGGAGGUCUCUAUGCUGCUGUAUAUCCCUCGUCACAUUUUGGCAGUUUGACUGGACUGCAGUCUCUUAUUAGCGCCUUGUUUGCACUUUUACAGCAGCCUCUCUUCUUGGCGAUGAUGGGACCUUUAAAUGGCGACCCACUCUGGGUUAACGUCGGACUUUUGGGAGUUAGUAUGUUCGGAUUCUGCCUUCCACUCUACCUCAUAUUUUUUAAGAGAAAUCUGGAGCGUCAGAGGAAACAGAAAAUCGAGGACUCCAAAUUGUACAUGAAAAUCAAUGGCACGCCUGAUCAUGAAGCCUUUGUGUAAAGAUGUUUAAAGGCUAGGCCUGAAUACCCCCUAUACUCCUUUCCAUAUGCUUUUUGGAAAGGAUUCACUCCAGCAUAACAAGUGACCACUCCAGAACAAACCUUAAGCUCCUUGAUGUUCCCAUCUGUGCACCAAACGUCUGUUGAGUGCCCUGUUUUAUAUCACUCUCCAAUGUUAUCAUCAAAAAGUUUUUAAGCAGGGUCUUCUUUUUAGCAAAAUACUUGAGAAACCCUGUUACAGAAAAGCCAAACAUUUGUCAAUUCUUUGGGAGAAGGAACCUUUUUUUUAUUUUUAUUGUCAGGAUUAAUAUCCUCUAGAUGUUGGUACCCAGUCCCAGUAUUGAAGGUUUAUUUGUGAUCUAAAGACCUGUAGUUACAGCAGUAACUCUUGGAGAUAUAGGUUGUACUGUAUUAUCUUGUGGCAAAGCUGGAGAUCUCACGUUACAGAGUUGUCUACAUUAUUUUAUUGUUAGGGUGCUCGACAAAGAAGCAGCAAGAACCAUGGUUCCGUUCAGUGAGACACUGUGACAGAUCAUCAUUACUGCUUGGCAUGGCUCUAUUCUUGGCUUUCCUACCAGAGGAGUUGAUCUUAAUUUCUCAGCUUCUCCUGGUAAGAAAGAAAUAGUUUUGAAAUGGUGAAGCUAGUUGUUAGUCUCAAACAGGAACACCAAAUCCAUGAGUUCUUUAAAGCACUCACAUAAAAAGACUCGUAGGUAAAAAUGUACUUGAAAACUCUGUGCAAACAUGAUAUUUUUCCAGAUGGUGCGAAAAACAGUGGGUUCAGAAAGCUGAAUUACCGAAUAUCACUGAUUUUUACGAAAAACAAACAUAGAGAAAUGUGGAAACAGAGUUCAAAAGGGAUACUACAAACCUCCAAUAGGCAUAAGAAGAGUACGCAAAAAGCUAAUGUGUUGCACAUAUCCUUGUUGUGCCAUAAAGUCUACAGACAAGUAGUUUAUAAUGAGAUUCUAAGCAAUACCUGUGUCUUUGGUGAAUAUUUUUUUAUAAAUACCUAUUAUCAGUAUGCUGUUUUAUGUCCUUUGCAUGAUAUUAUGUAUAGAUAUGGAGGUAGAGAAACAUGUCAUUGCGAUAAUUUUGAUCUCCUGCACCUCCUUUUACCAUGUCUAUCUGUGUUUUCGUUCUUUGGCUUGAUGUUUUCCAUUUGUGUCUCUUGUUAAUUGUUCUUGUGUUUUUUAUUUUCUGUUUCCUAAACUAUUUCUUAAAUUCCAUUCAACCUCAUUAAUUUUUAGAUAUAGAUAGGUAUUAUUUUUUAAGUAUAUUUCUGCUGCCUCUGCACAUUAUCACUUAUAUAAGCUGAUACAUUUUGAGAUUAUUAACUCUUACCUCACUACAGUAACUCUUACCCUAUCUGGCAGCUCUCAAUGUACCUGGUAGGACAUCCUGGUUAUACAGCCAUAUAAUCAUGUUAGACAUGAACUCAGUAGGGUGAGCAUGCAAGCACUCUUCUAAGUCCAUCGUCACCUUGCAAUGCAAGUAUUAAAAUGUGUAAUCCAUGAGAAAGCUGUAGUAAGCAAUCGAAAGAAGCAGAGUUUUUGUUCCAUCCUCUGAGAAACCAAAACAACCAACCCCUAUGAUGUUCUGCAGAACAUUUGCAAUUAAAUAAGAUAAUUUGCACAGUUUCAUAUAUAGGAUCCAUGGGAAAUGGACCUGUUCUAUUCAGUGAAAUGAAAGCUUCCCAGAAGUACCAUCUGUAUGAUUGGACUAAGGGAUUUCAAUUCCAACCUUCGAAUUUCCAUUGAAGGUUUGUGUGAUCUAGUUAUAAGAGCAUGGGUGAUUCCAAAAUGAGACAUAGGCUCAUAAGAACAUGGGUGAUUAUAUUUCCAGAAUGCGAAUAUUUGCAUGAUUACCCACCUGUGUAGGUUGUCCAGUCUCUGCCUUGGCAACAAUCUUGCACUCCUGAGAAGUGGGUUUAGCAAGCCUGUUCCACUCUAGCCAAUACAUAUAUCACUCCUCCAAUUUUGCCUUAAAGGUGCUGUUCUACCCACGCCAACUGUUUUUUUUUUCUGCUGCUAUAGUAACAAAGCAUUUCAACCAGAGAGUGUUCUCUUGGUCACAUGACUGCUAGCAAGCAUCGUCUGGCUCAGGAUUAAAAGGAAUGGGACAAAAAUGUACAUCGGACAAU